AUGCCGUGUACUAGCAUCACCAUCAUCGUCGCUCCCUACCACGUUGGUCUUCUUGACCAUCGAGUUGGUGGAGGGCCUCUGCGCAUCCUAUCUCACGGCCUUGCCGACAAACUUGAGCAGUUUGCGCCGGUCUCUUUUGUCAACAUUGCCCCUGUCGAUACGUUCGAGGGCGAGAUUAGAAGAACCUUUGAAGUCAUCCGUCGUAUUUCAACCGCUGUCUCUCAAGCCUGUGCAAAUGGCUCUUUUCCCCUCGUUCUCUCGGGAAAUUGCUACGCAAGCGCGGCGGUUGCAGCCGGUCUCAGCGAUACGGUAUCCGAUCUCAACAUGCUGUGGCUUGAUGCUCACGAUGACCUCGACACUCCAUCUACGAAUGAGAAUGGAUAUCUCGACGCAAUGGCCGCCUCUAUGUUGACCGGCUCUAGCUGGCACGCGAUGAUGCGGACAGUCCCUGGCCACAAACCCAUGGACGUUAAACGUGUCGUCUACUGCGGGUUGCGCGAUGUAUCCGAGUCGCAAAAACUGGUUGUUGAAAAUUCCGGUGCUGACGUAGUGUGGGGCGAUACUUCACAAGCAGUUGACUUCACAUCGGCGUUGGGAGACAUCCUAGAUCGCAGGAGCCUCGGGAGCACCCAUGUGCACCUGGAUUUGGAUGUUCUUGAUGCAUCUCUCGGGCGGGUCAAUGACUUUCCUUCCCCCGGUGGCUUCCUGCCCGAAGAUCUUGCCGGUCUCAUGACUAUGAUCCCGACAAAGGUCGAUCCAACUUCUCUCGUUGUCUGUUCAUUCGAUCCGCGAUUGGAAGGAGGUGAUACGGUGGCAAGACUUGCGGUGAAGGGCAUCUGUACGUUUAUCAAAGGCCUCAAAGACAGGCAAAUUCUAGUUCACGGGGAAUAG